UCUGAAUUGUUAUUUUUUGUUUUGAGUUUAUAUUUUAUUGAAUUGUUCGUGUUUUAAAUUAUUAGAACAACAUCGUUUUUCUCCUGAAGUAGUUUUUUAUUUAGUAUAUAUAUAUAUAUAUAUAUAUAUAUCGAUUUCGUUUAGGUUUUUUUUUUAUAUUUUUAUUAUCCAAAUCUGACACCCAAAUCAUGAGAAAGAAGCUCGAUACCCGUUUCCCAGCUGCUCGCAUUAAGAAGAUUAUGCAAGCAGAUGAAGAUGUAGGGAAGAUUGCAUUAGCAGUGCCUGUUUUAGUUUCUAAAGCAUUGGAAUUGUUUCUACAAGACCUCUGUGAUCGUACGUAUGAGAUUACUCUUCAGAGAGGAGCAAAAACCAUGAAUUCAUUGCAUCUUAAGCAUUGUGUACAGAGCUACAACGUUUUUGACUUUCUGAGGGACAUUGUUAGCCGGGUUCCUGAUUAUGGUCAUGGCCAUUCUGAGGCCACUGCUACUGAUGAUCGAACCAUUUCCCGUAGAAGAAAAGCUACUGGAGAUGAGGUGAAUGACAGUGACGAAGAAUCAAAGAGAAGCAGAAUGCAGCAUGAUGUGGGUCAUUCUGGCACCAGUGGCCGCGGGAGAGGCCGUGGACGAGGCAGGGGUCGUGGAAGAGGAGCUCGACAUGUGGAAAGAGAUGCUCAUCGUGAAAUAGAACCAGAACCAUGCUCAACACUUCAGCAAAACAACAAAAGUCAAUCAACCUCGGGAAUGGCUAUAGAUGAUGGUUCUGAGUUGAAGGAACCAGUUAAAGAGAAAGCAAUUGGUGAAGAUGCCAAUCAGCCUAUUAGAAAUAUUGAUCUGAAUGCUGAGGUAGAUGAGAAAGUGGAUACAAAGGCCUCAGUAACUGCUGCUAGAGUUGAUGCACCUCCAGCCACGGCUGCUGCUGCUAAAGUCACUGCACCUGCAGCAUCAGCAGGUGUUGCUGCACCAGCGGUCACAGCAGCAGCGGCAGCUGCUCAGUCUUCUUCGGCAGAGCCUAGAACAGAGGCUAAACACGAAGAAUACCCAGGUUGGUCUCUUUCAGAUAUGGAUAAGAUGGCUAUCGAUCCUCUUCAACUUGCUCGGCUUGGUGGAAGUUUAGACGAGGAUGAAGAAGAUUAUGACGAGGAAGGGUGAGUAGCUCCAAAGCUGGACUCUAGAAAAAAUUAGCGGUCAAGAUCAGUUUAGUACCUUGAGUAGAUAGAAAAAAAAUGCGAAAAUAGUCUAUAUGAUCUUAUUGGAAUAUGCAAAUAUAUUCUAAGUAGGUCACAAGGGCUCAAAUGCAUUUCUCUUCUCUCUAUUUGUUUAUCCAUCAUCGUUGAGUUUCUGUUAUAGCUUUCGCUAACAUAACUUUAAAUGGUAGAUUCUCACAACCGAAAGACACUAGUCCGGGAACCUGCUCGUUCUGCAACGAGAAAUUUGUGGCUCCUCAGUGUAACUAUUAUCUUAUUGCAUGUUUAGUUUCGACAUAGCUCGUUAACUUUAGUUUUGUGAUUGUCAAA